AAGUGUUCACAAAAUGGCUACUGUUCUGUGCGUAUGCGCUUUUCAAUAGUAUUUUUGUGUAUUCUUCAUUUAUUUCGUUUUUUUAACUCCGGUAAGAGCGUCAAGUCGAGCCCUCAGUGUUCCUUCGCCUUACCGUCGAGAAUUUCCGAGAGGUUUUGUGUUAGUGCUAAAACUAAAUAACGAUAGGACGUUUGCGAUAAAGACGCUUUUCAUUUAUUUUUAGUGUUUUUCUAGUGUAUUUCAAUAUGCCUAGACUCUGUGCAUUUGGGUGUUCGUCCAAGGGUACAAUAAUGCAUCGUUUUCCAGAUGCAAAAAAAUAUCCUGAUCGUUUCAAGGCAUGGGUCACUCUGGUUGGUGGAAAACUUGUAACGGAAACUGAUUUUGAGCAUUUUAAGAAGAAGAUGGUUUGCGAUAAACACUUCACGCAAAACGACAAAAACAGGAACCAUCGCUUAAACAAUUCAGCAAUACCUUCACUUUAUUUAUCGGGGACACCAAUGAAUGAGAGUGAAAGUGCAAGUGAUCAAGUUACUGUAGAAGAGACAACACCCACACUUUGCAGUACUACUACUCAUAGCGAAAUAUUGUUACCUGAUAACAUAGGUAAUAAAUUAAUAUAA